ACAAAGAAAGGCAGUGAGCGCGCAGAGAGAUGGAGGUGUCGAGCCUACCAAUCUCAGCAUCACAGAGAGGAAAGUUAAUAUCUGCUGGCUACACCUCUCUUUCUUCACUUUCUUCCGUAUCUUCGUCUGAUCUUGCUUGUGAUUUAAAAAUUUCAGAGAGCGAAGCCGUUGAAAUUAUUAAGGUUGCAUCAAAGGCUAGUAGAUUGAGUUGGUCAGAUAAUGGAACUAAUUCAAUUAUCAGUGGUGCACAUAACGCCUGGGAUAUGCUCCACGAGGAAGAGUCAAUGACACGAAUUACUACAUCUUGUGCCGAUCUAGAUAACAUAUUGGGUGGUGGAAUAAAUUGUAAAGAAGUUACUGAAAUUGGUGGAGUACCAGGCAUUGGUAAAACACAGCUGGGGAUUCAACUUGCAGUCAAUGUUCAAAUACCGCUUGAAUUUGGUGGCCUUGGAGGGAAGGCAAUAUAUAUAGAUACAGAAGGUAGCUUUAUGGUUGAGCGUGCUUUACAAAUUGCUGAGGCAUGCGUAGAGGACAUGUCUGAAUAUAAUCGAUUUUUACGAAAUGAUUUUCAAGCUUGCCAAGUUAAAAUGCAGCCCACAGAUAUUCUAGAAAAUAUAUUCUAUUUCCGUGUCUGCAGCUAUACAGAGCAAAUUGCCCUUAUAAAUUACCUGGACAAGUUCAUGUCAGAGCAUAAAGAUGUUAAGAUUGUUAUUAUUGAUAGUAUUACAUUCCAUUUCCGCCAAGAUUUUGACGACAUGGCCCUCAGAACUCGUGUACUUAGUGGACUAGCAUUGAAGUUGAUGAAGCUUGCAAAAGACUUCAGUUUGGCAGUUGUCUUACUGAACCAGGUGACCACUAAGUACACAGAAGGUUCCUUUCAGCUAACUCUCGCACUAGGUGAUAGCUGGUCACAUUCUUGCACAAAUCGGGUCAUUCUGUACUGGAAUGGAAAUGAACGUUAUGCAUACAUUGACAAAUCACCCUCUCUUCGUUCUGCAUCUGCAUCAUAUUCCGUGACUCAUAGAGGGAUCCGGAACUCUACUUCAAAUGUUAAAAGGGUCAAAAUGAUGUAAG